AUGCCAACUCCGGAUGAUGAUGGGCGGAGGAGGAGCGACGGUAACUGGCGGCCACUGACUUCAACGAACGAAGAUGAUUCUAUGCGACGGUCACCACCACCAAUAAUUUCAGAAUCUAGUCGUAUGCCAUUGUUUUUAGUUCGAUUGACAAGGCUUUCAAUAGAUCAAGUUGGAGUUGAAAUUGAAGUUGAUCAUAACAACGGUACUACUUCAUCUUCUUUUCGAACGAUCAGAAUUACAACUACUGAUAAUGAUAAUGAUAGUGAUUCUAGUGAUCGUAAUGAUAAUAAUAAUGAUAUUACGAGAGUACUAAAAAAUAUGAAAUAUAAGAAAUCAAAAGAGAAUGAAGAUGAACAGGUUUGUGCGGUGUGUUUGGAGGAGUUUUCGAAUGGAGAAGAGGUGGCCAUCACUACUUGCAACCACUCGUAUCAUAAUCCAUGUAUUACCAAGUGGUUAGCUCUUAGAAAAUCUUGUCCUUAUUGUAGGAAACAAUUAUUUUGA